CCCCUGAUGCCUCCUCCAGGCCCCUGAUGUCUCGUCCAGGCCCCUGAUGUCUCUUCCAGGCCCCUGAUGCCUUCUCCAGGCCCCUCAUGUCUCUUCCAGGCCCCUGAUGUCUCUUCCAGUCCCCUGAUGCCUCCUCCAGGCCCCUGAUGCCUCUUCCAGGCCCCUGAUGCCUCCUCCAGGCCCUCCUCUGUCCUCCAGGCCCCUGAUGCCUCUUCCAGGCCCCUGAUGCCUCCUCCAGGCCCUCCUCUGUCUUCCAGGCCCCUGAUGCCUCCUCCAGGCCCCUGAUGUCUCGUCCAGGCCCCUGAUGCUGUCUCAUCUUCCUGUACUUGAGAUGCAACAUAUCUAGGUUAUUCCUUCGAACACGUAAACAUGUGUAUAUAUACGGAAAAAACAUGAUCUAUUUUUGUGAUGUUGUUUUUUUGUAUUGGGUAUUAAAAUGAUUACAUGCUUAUGAGUUGGUGGCGACUUUGCUUCUUUUUGGUGAUUGGUGGUGAACGAAUUCAAGCAUUGAGAAAGCCAAAGACCUUCAAUCAGUGGACACGUAACAUUGUAUUAAUGAAUCCCGUGCCAUGAUCGGUCUUUCAGUAACCACACGCAGACACACACGCAUGCACAGUUUUAUUGUUUACUUUUUUACAUUUUAUGAGAAAACUAGAAAAACUUUUAUUUUCAAUCUAUAGUUUUAAAAAAACUAUCCAUAACUAUUAAUUUCUCCACCUAACACAUUGUUUGGCCUGAUAAUGAGCAGCUUUGGUUUACCUCAGCCAGUCAUAUUUAUAGUCUAUUUUCUACUGCGCCACUUUUAUUAAUAAAUGUAAAUGCUGCCAUCUGCUGGCAUUGAAAAUAAAUGACGAUGUUAAAGUUCCUCUUCCGACCACGCGGCGGAGGCGCAGGAACCUCCUCUCUCGCCGUAAAUAAAUGCCGGAACUUUAUUAGUCACCCGGUUAAGUAACAUGUCAAACAUGGGCGCACGGGUUUCGCGUAUGUUUAGGAAUUUUAAUCUAGAAAACCGCGUUAUCCGUGAGAUAUCCAAGGAGAAACCUCACGUCGCACCGAGACACAAGACCCCGGUCCUACCUCCAGUCAGCAGCUCAGACGCGGCCGGUGACUCGGAGGUCAUCCACGGGAAGAAUGAGCCGCUGGUGUCGCUCCUGAAGACCGUGUGGGUCCAGUCCGAGGACCCGCUGCCCGCAGAGCCGGUGCCCGGGCCCCCGGCCCUCCCAGUGGAGCGCCGCCCCCUGAAGUUCAGCCUGCCGGGGCCGGGGCACGGCCUGGCGGACAUCACGGACGUCCCCAAGGGCCGGCUGUCCCUGGUGGAGGCGCUGCGGGCGCUCAACAGCCACAAGACGCAGCCGGCCACGUGGACGGCGGAGCGGGUGGCCCUGGAGUACUGCCUGGCCCCGGCCGACACCGCGGCCCUGCUGCAGUUCUUCAUCCCCUUCAACGUCAAGAUCCUCCCGCCGCAGCGCGACGGCCAGAAGCAGAUCAAGGGCUCCUAGGGGCGCAGCGGGCGGAGUAGUUAUGGAUCCCAGUGAAGUUAUUAUUGAUCGCAGUGAAGCGUCUGUGAUGCUGCUUUAGGACAGGCCGACCCGAGCUACGAUCCAGUAGGUCCUGAUGUUGGAGCUCGAUCAUGAGUGGGUCCAGGCUUCGGUCAGGCAUGACUCUGUGUUUGUUUGGGAGAUUUCCAUUUUAUUUCAGUCAACCAUGAGGGUUAAAAUCCAUCUGAUGAGUGAAGGGCCUCCGUGGUGCAGCCUAACCCAGUCCACCAGAGCCAGGCCACGUGAGGCGGCUUCAGGCCCCAACCACAGCCUCCCUUUCUGGGGAGAAAUCUGUUUUUUCGUUCAAAUCUUUUCUCAAUAAUCCUGUGUCCAAAAAUGUUACCAUAAAACAAUGGUUGCAUCAUUAAUUUAUGUCAAAAGUAGCGAUAUGACGUCAUCACAGGGGGUUAAGGCUUCUACUAUAGAGCUGCUCUGUCAUCAUAGGGGCUAGAGCUUCUACUGUAGAUCUGCUCUCAGUCAGCUUCUACUGUAGAGCUGCUCUCAGGAUGAAGAUGGGCAGCGGGCUGUCUGAACUAGAACUUGGUUCUGGAGAACUUUGUUCUCUGAACUCAGAGGUGUAAAAGGUUUGUUUGUAUUCUUUGGUCGUCUGAAAGCCGCUGAUGCGCACAUGGUCUUUCUUAAUAAACUACUUUGUUAUA